AAAAUCUCAUUGUCAAUCCGAAUCGUACGAUCCAUACGAUCCCUUUGUUCAGAUUUUCAAUCACAAACAAUAAAAUGUAGUAAUAAUAGUUACCAAUCAAAAAAGUAACAACUAAAACGGGCGAAACAUUUUGGUGGACAUCAUGAUAGACUUGAGUACAUUUUAUCAUCAAGAACCGCCGUCUUCUGCCUUAACAUAGCCUCAACCAUCUUUCAUUGCCUAAAACUUUUUUCUGCGCUGCCUGAGUGAUGAUCUUUUCCUCCUGCCUUCUGAAAGUCAUCCGGCCAUCUGGGUUAUAAAAAGAUUUUUAAGAAAUAUCGAAGUUCUGGGAUCGAUGGAUUUGCACUUGAUCAACCAUCCUGCCUAUCUUAACAGUGCCGAACCAUUUUCUUAGAUUGUUAUAGACAACUAUGGCGUGUUGCUGUGCAAAAUCAAGGUGUUGUAAAGUGCCAACAGUGUGCCUAGGACGCUGCGAUCUACCUAAGCAUAAAUGCCUGUCUAGAGAGGAAGUGCAACCAGGACCGAUUCCUAAACAUAUGGGAUGGCUCUACACGGCAAAAGGUGCUCCUCGACAUCAGUUACGAUGUGGCUGGCGACCGGGACACAUUUCUAACAUUGUUCUCCGCAAAAUAGCUGCGCACCAACGCAAAUGUGGAGUAUGCAUGGAAACCUGCGCAGCAGCAUGUAACAAAACUAAUCUUAACCCCUGUGGUAUACCACCAAAAUGUUCCGCGCCUGCCCAACAGAAAAAAAAGAUCAGUGAUGUCUCUUCGAAAUCCGAAACUAAUAACACUAAAUAUAAUGAGUCAGAUCCUCAUAAAUCAAAUCGUAAUUUAUCAGGUUCUAAUAAAACGGAUCCUUAUGCAACGGAUCUGAAUAAGUCUGAACAUACUCAUUCUGAAAGUAAUAAGUUAGAUCUUUGCAAGUCCGAAACUUAUAAAGCCGAGCCUUGUUGUACGGCGGAAUCUUCAGCACCUUACCUCAGAGUUAUCCGCCAUGCUGGUCGAUACUCCAUUAUCACCGAUCCACCCGACAAUUCACCAUCGGGCCCCUAUCCACUGAAAUACGUAUUGAAUUGUGAUCCAAACGAAAAAGAUGAUGGCGUCAAAUUCAGUUUAGAAGCGAAAUAUAAUGACUACUGCUUCGAUUACACCAGCUCCCAAACUUCAUUUGUACUAGAUUUUUCGCCACCAGAGCAGAGAUGCUACAAACCGUGCCCAAAGGACCCGUGUAUACCUUGCGCACCAAGUUGUUUGGCGCCUUGCUAACUCACCAAAAUGAUAUGGCGCAUACUCAUCGAUAUUCACGAUUCUAUAGCAACAGAUAAUGUGUUUUUCACUAUUUGGAUUAAAUACAGUCAAUAUUGUUUGAAGAAAAAGAUAAUGACUAAAAUUUUACAUCAACGAAUAGAAAAAUAGUAUCUAUCUCCUGUUCCUCGAUGUCGUAUCCUAUUUGGCUUAAAUAUAACCAACAAGUUCCACCAUAAAAUAGUUGUAGUAAAAAAAAUCUUUUGAAGCAAUAAAGUGAUCU